AUGAAGGUGAUCGUUUUGUUGGGUACCAGUUUGCUGGUUGGACUCGCCAGCGGACAACUUUCAUCUAGUGGAAACCAGUCCGAUACCCCACAAAAUGGCACUUUGAAUAGCUGUGCCAGUGUGAAGUGUCCAGUUGGAAAGGAAUGUGAGGAGACUACUGUACAGUGCUCUGUGGCGCCGUGUCCAAAAGCUGUCUCAUGCGUCCGAAAGGGCGUGUGGGGAUGUGAUGUCAUGCGAUGUGAAUCAAAUGAGACUUGUGAGGAGACGGAAUUGCCGUGUUUGAAGGCUCCAUGCGGAAUUCGAAUAGCUUGUGUCAGUAUUCAUACCAAUGGUACGAGUGGUCCAACAACCUAUGGUACGAGUGAUUCAUUCACGUCACCAGAUUAUCCGCCAAACGUGUGUCCACAGAAUCAGACUAGAACCAAUUGUAUAAACAAGUGCAAUGAGGAAAAGUGUCCAGGAAAUGGUUUUAACUAUCCAUGUACUAAAUACUGUGGUUUCGGAUGUACGUGCGCUGCGGGAUUUGUUAGAUCCAGCGACGACAGGUGCUACAAAUUGGAAGACUGUCCAACCGAUGUUUACGUCCCAAUGAAUCCGUGCACCACCAUGAGAUGCGCUUCAGGAACCAAGUGUCAGAAUCUAGGGAUAAAUUGCACAACGCUGCCAUGUGAGAACUAUGGAGCAUGUGUGAAUACUACUGUAGUGGACAACUUGGCCGGUGGAUGUGCUACCCUGAUAUGUGGAGCAGGAACAACUUGUCAAGAAACCUUGGUGAAAUGUGCAAACGCUCCAUGCCCUCGCCAUGCCAAGUGUGUUCCGGACUUAACCCAGAAUGACACUUUGGAUAGUUGUGCCAAUGUGACGUGUCCAAUGGGACAGAUCUGCGAGGAAACUACUGUACAGUGCUCUGUGGCGCCGUGCCCGAAGGCAUUCUCAUGCGUCCGACAGGGCGUGUGGGGAUGUGACAUCAAGAGAUGUAAAUCAAAUGAGAUUUGUGAGGAGACAGAAUUGCCGUGUUUGAAGGCUCCAUGCCCUAUCCGGUUAGCUUGUGUCAAAAUUAUCCAUAUCAAUGGAACGAGUGGUUCAACAAAUUCCACGUCAACUACAAAUCCAUUAAGUGUGUGUCCAAUGAAUCAGACGAUGAGCGAUUGUUUGAACAAGUGCAGUGAGGAAAAGUGUCCAGGGAUUGGAAUUAGCAUGAUGUGCACCAAACACUGUGGUCAAGGAUGCGCGUGCGCUGCCGGGUUCGUUAGAUCCAGCAAUGGAGAGUGCUAUAAAUCAAAAGACUGUCCACUGGAGCAAGUUUGCGGAGACAAUGAAGAGUACCGAUGUGAGAAUUGCGCUGCAACAUGCAAAAAUCCCGAACCAAACUGUCCAGAACUACAUAACAAGAAGUGCAAUAAGAAGUGCAUUUGUGCAGCCGGAUUUGUGAAAAAGAAUGGGAAGUGUGUUACACUAGCCAGUUGUCCGGAUCAUGAUCAUAAUAAUAUUACCUGCUUGGGGACCGAAGAAUACACCGAUUGCCUUCCAAAAUGCCGUCAACUUUGCUCAGGAUCCACCCAAUGCAAUAAAAACAGUCACACAGAUAUGUGUACCCCUGGCUGUGUCUGUAGACCAAGUUACAAAUUGGACAGCAACGGAACAUGUGUUCACAAUAAACAUUGUUUUAAGACCACUGACUGUCCUGUGAACGAGGAAUGGUCCAAAUGUAUCUCACUUGACAAUGUGUGCGGAAUGGCUACUAUUCAGAAGGUCCCACUACGCAAUCAAUGUUUUUCCGGAUGUGUUUGUGCAGCUGGAUUCGCCAGAAAUAGUAAUGGAACUUGUGUUGAACAAGACAAAUGCUGA